UCGUAAAGCUCACAUCAUUUAAUUUUUACUGUCAAAUUAAAGCGAACAUAAGGCCCAGGAAAUAGGCGGAAAUACCUCUGGCAGGGAUAUGAAUUGACUCAUCUGAGGCCAGAUCAAUCAACCCGAGAGUACUUGUCGCGUAAUCCCAAAGUUUAUUUCACUAGCAAUUAUUUUGGUAAAAUAAUUGAGUCUUCAUAAGGAGCUCGAGGUAACUGACCGUGCGCAACGGUUCUUCUAAGGUCGUUGCUGCCUCCAGGAUUUCAUCUUCCAUUGGACCCAUCCAAUUAUUGAAUUCACCAAUUAACAAAUCAUUCAUCCACUGUCAUUACUAAUAACGAGCUUAACGAGUGACUGUGACAAAAAAAAAAGUGAAGACGACUCAACAUAGUUUGUCCUAGUAUCCAAGCAAUAGGAUCUCUCUCUCCUCAAGUGGAUCUCUCUCUUCAUCGCACGGAGGGACCUUGAAUAAGAAUAACCCCGAGAUACCCUAAUUACAUACUGAAGCAGUGAUAAUUGGAAGUUAAAUCGGUGGCGCAGAUUUCCAGAGCUGUAGAAUCGUGCGAAUUCGCGGACCCAAUAUUCAUUAAUUGAUUAUUUCACGAGAGUUGGAGAACUCCAACGAUUGGGUCAAUUAAUACAUCCCGUGCCCUUCGGCAUCUCCAAAAACGUUUAGUGGGUAGUGAUUGGUCGUUUCGUACUUUUUUUCCGAAACAUCCCCAAAACGGCAACCCGUCGUCGUUGUUUACGUGCUGCGAGAGGUCGCAAGAGAAUAGAGAAAAAAAAUUUAACGUCAACGGUGACAUGGAAGAAAAGUCAUCGGCAAGAUUUUCUGAGUAUCUAUUUGCUAAAAUGGGAGGACACGAUGUUUCAGCCUCACAGGGUCCUAGGAAGGUGACGGCGGAUACUAGGAAAUGGAUGCGUGAAAAUAUGCUGCUUCUUGUUACAUUAAGCGGAGUUCUACUCGGCGUUUUAUUGGGGUUUGGUUUGCGACCACUGGGACUCGGUGGCGAUGCUGUUAUGCUGAUAAGCUACCCUGGGGAGUUGUUCAUGAGACUGCUGAAAUUGAUGAUUCUACCGCUUGUCAUUGCCAGUUUAAUUUCCGGAUCGGCAAGUCUCAAUGCAAAGAUGAAUGGAAAAAUAGCUGUUAGAACUCUGGUUUAUUUUAUUCUGACCUCACUCUUCAACGCUAUCUUGGGGGUUGCCCUCGCCCUGUUGAUUCACCCUGGCAAUUCUGGAAUAAGGGAAGCCACUGCGUCAUCCACACACACCCGUGCAGUUAACAUUCUUGACAGCCUCUUAGACCUUGGAAGGAAUAUGUUUCCUGACAAUUUAUUCCAGGCAGCCUUCCAGCAGGCGCAUACAGUAUAUGUACCUAAACAGCCUCCCCUUCAGAACGACAGUGACAAGCUCAUAGAUCCCAAGGAUCUGCCUGAAGAGGAAUUGAUUAGAGUUAUCCAGUACAGAAGUGGCACCAAUACCUUGGGAAUCGUUUUUUUCUGUCUUGUUUUUGGUACCUUCUUGGGUACACUUGGCGAGAAAAAGGGACAGAUUGUUAUCGAGUUUUUUAAGGCUGUUUUUGAAGUGAUCAUGAGGAUGGUUUCUACUGUGAUGUGGAUGACGCCAAUCGGAAUAACAUCGGUGAUAGCUGGUAAAAUACUCGGGGUAAAUGAUCUGGCACUAGUCAUGUCCCAGCUGGCUUGGUUCAUUGUCACAGUGGUUGUCGGUGUAUUCUUUUAUCAGCUCGUCGUAAUGCAACUUAUUUACCUCGCGAUCGUCAGGAAGAAUCCAUUUAAAUUCUACGCUGGUCUGGCACAGGGAACUCUCACCGCCUUCGCCAUGGCAUCAACGGCGGCGGCACUUCCUGUUACUUUUCGACUGAUGACGGAGAAGCUAAGUGUCGACCCGAGGGUCACCAGAUUUGUACUACCCAUUGGAUGCAACAUUAAUAUGGAUGGGACAGCACUUUUUGUGUCGACUGCCAGUAUUUUUAUCGCACAGAUGAAUGGAAUAUUCCUCGGUUUCGGCGAAAUCGUCACUGUCAUAUUGACUUCGACUGCAGCUAGUGUAUCAUCAGCGUCCGUUCCCAGUGCAGCUCUGGUACUUCUUCUUGUCGUGUUAAGUGCAAUCGACGCUCCGGUCCAAGAUGUUUCUCUUUUAUUCGCCAUUGACUGGUUUGUGGAUCGUGUGAGAACCACCAAUAACAUGUUGGGGGACUGCUAUGCCGCGGCUGUUGUUGAACAUCUAUCGAAGAAAGAACUCAUGGCUCUCGAUGCUGCGGCCUAUCAGUCGGAGACUGUUGUAUUGCCAACAACAAUAGUCAAUGGCUGCAUAUCCGCGAAUCGAGUACCCGAUCCUGAUACUGUUGUCGUGGAAAUGCAGGACGAGACUCGAAUAUCCGGCAUCGCCAAGUAAAAAAACUUGUCGUUUGGCAACCUGUCAACCCUUGCCAAGCAACGUUUCUGAGGAGACUGUCUGACCAACGGUCGGAUCACGUUUUAAAAACGUGAUUAGCAAUCAUCAUCUUGUAAUAUCCAAGCGAUCUCACACAUCUAAUGAUAUAUACUGGGUAAUGUGAAAAGUAUAACAAAUACCAUAGAUCAUUACUUUAAGGAUCCACAAUUUGUGCUCCGCGCCAUUACAACUUGACAAAUAAUUAUACAUUCGAAUGGGAUUUACCUGCGCCCCGUCGAAUUCUAGUCAGUUUCUAGGGUACAAUUAUUUUUUGCCAUUUUUCAUGGACUUUUCUUUUUCGAGAAAUGAUAAAAGCAUAUCGGUGCAUAGUCAAUAAUUAUUUAGGAAUGUGGGAGAGUGAUGAGUGUAAUUGAAUUGUUUUUUUUUUUCGGUGCAAAUGAACGUGUGAAUUUCAUCGGAUGUCUAUUGUUUUUGUUAUAUUAUCAUAUAUUUUGUUGCUGUUAUUAUUUAUCUCUUGCAGUUGGGUUGUUGCAUGCUAUUUUUUGGUGAAUUGGGUGAUAAAUAUUGACUAGGUAUUUUGGUACAGUAGAAUCACGUUAUAGUCGCACAUUUUCUCAAUUUCUGUUUUCGCGUAUCUUUCCGUUUCAUCAGUUUCAUACCUCCGGACUUUCGUCUGCCGAGGAAGUGAAUUUCGCGGAAAACAAAGCUGAAAAAUAAAUUUCUCGUGUAUUCGAAUUUGCUAUGAAAAAAUUCAGUUUACGGUGGUAACGAGCGCAUGGUGGGGGUAGAUGCAUAUAAUCGAAUUCCUCGCGACUAUAACGGGAGUCUACUGUAUUCCGUUCAAAUCACGGAAAAUCAAAAAAUUGAGAAAUUCCAAUAUUUUUUCUCUCUCUUUUCAAAUCUAGGAUUCUUAAAAAAAACCUUGCAAAACUCGAAUUAUAAGUGUUCAGUUCGUUUCGAUGAUUGGAAGUUAGUAAUUUUUUCAAUCGAUUCGACGAUUAUCAUCGGACAUAUAUUAUGGUGCCUUAUUUCGGUGCGCCAGUUUCUACAAAAGUUCGGCGCGAUGAAAGUACGCGUUAUUCUUCAGAAUAUCAUUUCCCCAUGUUGAUAUGGUGCUCGUAGCAUUUAAGUGAGUGAGAAAACAAAGAGAUCAAAAAUCAGCUGAUGAUUUUGUUUCAAUUAAAUAUUUAGAAUGAGUAGGUCGGUAAUUAAUUAUCAAAGUCUCAUUUUCAAUAUGUAAUUCACUAGGGUACACGUUGAAUUGUUUUUUUUUUGUUGAAUUAACGGUGAGAAAAAUGGGACUGUGAGUGUUCCGAGGGCACAAGUAUAAUGAGAAUGAGUCGUAAAAUAUCACGCUGAUGGUAAUUUAAAUAUCUGAGAAUCGUAAGACUGCCUGUGAAAGAGGUAAAGAGUGAAAUUCUAAUUAAUUCGGUCAUCGCAGGGAAUCAAUAUUUAAGAUAUUGCGGUGGAUGGAAAAUUUUCUCAAUGUGGUUGUCAAUGUGUAGGUAACAUCGAUAUGUGUUAACCAUAAGUCGUUCGAAGAUAAAAUAGAUAGUGUAGUGUGUAUGGUUUUUACCACUAAAUGAAACAACAACAAAAUGAUAAAGUUAUAGACAACACCUUUAUAUAAGGAAUGAAAGUAUUAUACUACUCGUUCACGUGUCAAAGUUAUUAAUUUCAUUUUAUUUCGGCAAGUUGAUUCAUUGUUAACUUACCUGUCGAUUCCAUCUUAAAGUCUGUAUGUAGAGUUAUUACCUCUGGACAAAAAAUAACUUACAAAACUUUAGUGGGAACUGAUCAAUGUGUUUAUGUACUAAAGACUCAACAAGUUGUAUAAAUAAUAAAUGCAGGUUUAUACACAAUAA